AUGACGUCAUUGCAAUCUUCAUCAUUGAGUGAUGUUCUAUUAGACGAUGACACACAGAACAACUCCUCGGAAAGAUCGUUGGAAGAUAUUAAACUUUAUAAUUUUGAGGAAAUUGGAGAACAUUCUGUACAAAUUAAAAAACGAUUAUAUGUUACCGAUUUUUUGAAAAAGACAUCUGGAUCGGAACAAGAUGAAGGAAAUUAUUUUUCUAAAUUAUCUAAAAUGUUGUCAAUGAUUUACAAUACAUACACAAACAAGGAUCAAUCAGCAACAGAAAAAAGUCAAGACAAUAAUGUUAGACAAUCUAUCAUUCAGAAAUUUCAUCAAAAUUGGGCUAUUGAAUACACUUCUAAUGGGCUAUAUACCCUAAAGGAGGCAACACUGAGAUUGCUUAAUGAAGAUUUAGUUUCAUUAGCAAGUGUGAAAGCUAUGGAGUGGACUGACAGAAGAAAAAUAUUAUCCUGUUCAGACGAUUUAGUAGUAGUCACAUGUUCAGACGAUGGAAAGAUUCGAGUCUACACACAUGACCUUAAAUUACUAAUUUCAAUUGAUUUGAACUCUCUAUUGAAUUUUGACAAGCAUUCUAUGAGUGGACCAUCAAUUUCAAAUGUAAAAAUUUCAAAGCCAUCACUUAAUUCGGAAAGAUAUGACAUUUUGUUCCUAUAUGAGCAAUCAGUUUUUGUUAUUCCUCUAGUUAAGAAUUCAUCAAACUUCCAACUUUACAAGAUGAAGAGCUAUUCUGAUCAAGUUUUAUCUUUCGAUAUUUAUAAUGAUAGCGAAAAUGGAAGAAUUAUUUCUCUAGUUUUGGAACAUGGUGAGCAGGAAUCAAUUUUCUUGAGUUAUCCUGAAUUGGAAGAUUCUACUCUUGUUAAGGUUGAUCAAAAACCAAAACGCACCAAAUUAUCAACAUCCUUCUUGAGUAAUAGUGAUGAUGUAAUUGUAAAUCCAAAACUUGUAUUUUCUAAAGAUGGAUCACGUUGCGCCUUUUUAUCAACAGCUAAAAAGCUCUACAUUUACCGAGCUCCAUUUCCAUUUAAGAAUGACUCCAGAAUCCAACAUAUGAGUGAAAUAGUAGAUGUAGUAGAGUUUAAUUGGUGGUCAACCUCAUCAGUUAUAAUUUGUACAACCUCUAAUCAAUUAUCAGUGUUGGAUGUAACAUCAAAAUCAAACAUUCUCGGAGAUGGUGAUGUAACAGAGGAUGUGGAAGGAAUGCCAAUCAUUUCUAGUUCUCAUGAUGGAAAAUUCUUCUUAUUGGAAUAUGAACCUAAUGUAAAUCAACUCAAAUUGGACCAACAAUAUCUCCUGCUUCAAGAGCAACAGAAGCAAAUGCAAACAUUGGAAAAUGCUUCAGAAACUUCUUUAUUUAGCGCCUUUGCCACCUUGCUGACGUUCCUUUUCCCAAAGGCCAUUAAAGAACCAGAAGAGUUAAAGGAAGAAAACAUGAUUCCAUCCACUUUAUCACUUGCCUACAGACUUUAUAGAUUCUGUAAGAAGCAACCUGAAUUAGAAUUCAAGGAAAAGUUAGAACAAGGAGAUUUGGAAGAGGCUUUAUCAUUAGCCAAAUCAUACUCCUUGGAUUUAAAUCAAGUUUACAAGAAAAUGUGGAGAAGACAAGUCAUUUCACUCUUUUCCAUUGAAAUACUCAACCAAGUCUCGGAUAAGAAUUGGAUUAUUGAGGAAUGUAUCCAGAGAGUAGCCACCAAUGAAGAAAGCAUGAGAGCUCUUCUCGAGUGUGGUCUCACCAUAACAGAACAAAUGUUAAAGGAAUUAGAUGACGAAGAUAUUGUACAAAAGCGUUUGAAGAUCCUUUACUAUUUAGACAGAUUGGAUAUGUACAUGCAACUUGCAGAUCAACAAUAUAAGGCUGACCAGUACAAUUCUUUCAGAAAUUGUGAUCUAUUCGAGUAUGCCAAGGAAAAAGCCUCUAUGAAAGAUUUAGAUUCCUUGAAGACAGUUUUAUCAUAUGGGUUGCGAGUGGAAAAAUUGAAUCAUCAAAGCAGAUCUAUUUCUCCACACCUUAUUCUAGACAUUUUAUCUUUUAUACCAGAAUCUCUGGAUCCAAGACUAUACGAGGAUGCAUUACCAGGAGUAGAAUCUGGUAAAUUGAAACGCUGGGAUCAAAUUAGUUUGAGCAGAUUGUGUAAUGAUUUUUGUGAAGAAAAAUUGCCAAAACUCGAUACCAUCUACCCAACAUCACAGGAAAUAACUGAGUGGUAUAUUGGUAGGGCUGAAACUAUUGAUGUUACCUCAGGUAUGGUGAGCUAUGCUGAGACGAUACUGGCUAUUGGUAUUAACAAGAAUGUUAAUGGAUUGGAAGAAAAACUGAAUCAACUGAAAUUCUUGUCCCAAAUGAUUUAUAAUAGAGGCAAUCUGUUUAAUUUGAAUAAGCAACUUGUCUCCAUCAAAGAUUUUGAAGAAAACAUGUCCAACUAUGACAAAUUCAAAUUGCUCAUUAAUAAGAAUAGUGUAGAUAUUGUCUCCCAGCUUGUCAACAAGGGAAUCAAUUUCGUUGAACAUUGUGAAGAGGAAAAGACUGGAAAAGACUCACUUAUUUAUCGAUUUGUUGCUCACGAACUUGCACCAUACAGCUUUGAGCAAUGUUGCAAGAUAUUAACUGCUCAACAAAGAACAAGCUUAUUGGGAGACAAUGAGACCAUUACUCUCUUAGCUAUUGAAUGUAUUUACUCGGUCAAGAACUGGAAAGAAAAUACUGAAAAUAUUAUUAGAGUAUUGAAUGCUCUCCCUACAUCGAAUAUUCACGAAGAAUUGGAAGACCAAGUCAAUCAACUCAAGAGAAAUACUCUAGCAGUUACCAUUCUCUCUAAACAUAACCUUUCUAUUCAACUUUCAUUGUCGAUGGAUUUGGAAGCUGAGGGAAAUAAUAUUAUGCAAGAACUUUUGCAAACAGGUAUCAAGAGUGCAAAAUCUGAGAGAUCAUACCAAACACUCUAUAAUGAUUUGAAUAAUCUUCACAAGUCCUGCUUUGCUCACUUGUCUCUCAAUGAUAUUUAUCACCAAUUUUUGAAAAACUGCUGCCUCUCUGGUCAUGCCAAUUUGGCCUAUGAUUACAUUGUUGCCAAGUGUAUUCUUCCUUUUGAUGAAGCUGAUGAUGUCAUAUUUGAGGCUACUUCUGAGCUUUUCAACAGUUCUGUGCAACCAACUGAUUCUUCCAUAAUGAUUGCCGAUAAGUGUAUCUCACUACACCAAAGCUUACAAAAUGAGAAGCACAUUUCCCUCUCACAAGAACAUAAGUGGAAGAGAGAAAAAGAUGUAUUGGCAGCUUUUAGAAUGCUUGACAAAAUUUAUACCAACUAUCCUCCAGCAUUAUUCUUGAAAAAGCAUAGCCCUGUUGAAGUAAUCAAAUACCUAAUUGAAAAUAAUACAACAGGAACUGAGGAAGAAAGAUUGAAAGAAUUUUAUGAAAUUUCCAAGUUAUUGGGUGGAACUGAGCAUGAUAAGAAGGAAAUUAAAAAGUUGGCUAUUGAAUCAUCUUUGGAGCAGGCUGGCUCAGGAAAUAUUUCAGUAAUCAAGACCCUUAUGGAGCAAAAUCAUACUGGAGUUUACAAAAUCUGCUCCAAGAUGAGUAUCGACAGCAUGUGUGAAAUUUCACAUGAAGACCGCUUGAAAUUUGCCUCAUUUGCUAUCCAAAAUUGUGAUCCUUCAGAACUUUCUGAAAUGAUCUCUAACUAUGAACUAAUUGAAUCACAAGAGCUUUUCUCCUCUCGCUCAUCCAUUAAACCAUUGACAGAGUGUGUACUUCUUGCCCAUCAAGAAUUUGAGAAACUGACCAAGACUACCCCAUUCAAUGCAAACUUUGUAGGUUCAUCUCCAAUUUAUUCUAGCAGUUCGGAAGUAUCAUUCCUCUCCAAGUUUGGCAUUUCUUCCAGCUCGUUAGAAAUUGAACACCUUCUCAAAUUGAAGGCUUCACAUAUUAGAAAUUGUAUAGCUACAGGUACUGAUAUUUCUCUAGAGUCACUCCUUGAAUUUGCAAGCUUGACCCUACUGAAUGGUCAUAUCAUUUCAUUUGUUUCUAUACUAAUUCAAGUACCUAUUGAACAAAUUGACCAGGUCAAAAGGUUAUUUGACUCUAUUCUUUCUUCUCAACCUCGUGAAACCAAGUCAAGCAUUGUUGAAAGAAUGCUCAGGGUGUUUAACUUUUACUUUGGACUAAGACUUUUGUUAUUGGAAAACCCAGAUGGAUUGGCUGACUAUUAUGACGAGCUCAGCAUUGAAGAAACUAUUGAAAAGGCUUUAGAAUCUGAUUUGAAAACCGAAUUCAGCUCAAUUGUAGAUAUUUUAACUCUUUAUAACGGAUUGUUGUACAUAUGUAGUCAUUUCAAUGAGCUUUCUACUUUAUCCAACAACAAGUUGAGCUGUUUGAAAUUUAUAACCGAGGAGGAUUAUAGAAUCAAGUCUCUUACCUUACUCUCUCAAACAAGCAACAAGGAUCACCUACAAACUGUAUUACAAGUGGCCGAUAAGUUAAAAUUAGGAAAGGAUGAAUUUUACCUUUGCUACCUGGAAGCAGUCUUGAAAAAUAAGGUCAUUUCUCAAGAAGACAAAACUUUCAUAUUUGAGUUUGUUUCAAACAUUAACCGUGAGAAGGUAACCAGCUUAUUAUUACAAUUUAUGGAACCUUCACUUGCCAAAGAGUAUGACCUCACAAAGCUUUCCUUCUUGAUGGACGUUCUUUUAUCGUUAGGAGAUGACCAAUUCAGAGAUCAGAAACUUGUUCUAGACACCCUCUGUAAAGAAUGCAAGGGAAUUACCAAUAAGGAGUAUCACGGAAUUCUCAACUCUACUUCUCCAGAUUCCCUAUUUGACCUUUUACGUCCAUACAUUAAUCACCAAAAUGUAAAUACCAUAUUGGAUAGUGUUGAGAAAGUAGUUAAGAAUAACGUAGAAAGACCAAGAUUUUACCUUUUCAUCACUGAAUCAUUGUUGACAAGUAACAGCAUUGACAAUAAGGAAAAACCAACACUGGCAGAAGAGUACAUUUGCAAGUUGACCGAGAGUGAUAUUAGAUCUAUAGUAGAAAAGCUUUCAUUUAACAAUAGUUACAAACUUCCUCAUGCUAUUCGUAUUUCAAUCAUGAAGAACUCCCUCAAUGUUAUAACUAAUUCUGAGCUCGAACAUUUUGUUAGAGGCAAUAUUUUCAGAAUGUUGGCAGCCAAGAGAGUAUUCCAAAGAGAGGAAUUGGAUAAUUUACUCGGAUUAUUGGACAAGUAUUUUAAAAACCAAGUUGGAUUGACUAGAGUACUUGCCAAUAUUGCCCUCUGUACUCGAAGCAAAGAUAUGGUAGAAUCAGUUCUUACCGAUCUUAAAGAAGAAUACUCUGAUAUCUUCUCUGAAAGUAAGACUCCUGGUGAACAACCUUCGUUCCUUUCUACUGACUCCACUAAAUCCUAUCUGGAAAUAGUUGACCAAGUCAUUCAAUGCCUAGUGGAUCAUGCUGAAGAGCUCAGCAAUGAAACUGAGACCAAUGAUGAGGAAGACUUUACACAAGAAGAGCUCGAGAAUUUAACAUAUGAAGAGGAUGGCAUAUGUUGGCCUCCAAACAAUGCUAAGCUUGGAUGCACUUACUUGCAUAUUAUUUUGGGCUCUAUUAAGGAUCUCUCAGACUUGUUCAAUACCAUCCUCUCACAUAUUGAGCAUACCACUAAGAAGGAAGAUGACUUCCCUGUAAGAACUAGAAUUGCUCUCAUUAGAAUUAUUAGAAAAUAUAAGAAACCACAAACUCCUUCACCUGAAAUCAAACAAGAACAAAUUGUAAUUCAAAAAGAAGAUUCUCCAAUCAUUGGUGAAGUACAAGAACCUAAAGUAGAAACACCUUCAACAUUAGCUGAUCAAGAUGAAGACAUUCUGUUGGCCAUCUAUCAGACCAAGGAUGCCAUUGGUGAAAACUUCCCAUUACAAAAGGAUGUUUAUGCACAAACACCAAAACCACCAACUGAUGAAUUCAAAAACAUGUUCUCUUCCCUUUUAUCAUCUACCUCAAAUGAAAAACAAUUCAAGGCACUUUCAUUUAUCUUGAGAAUAUGGUUCAAGGAGAAGAGACAAUGUCAAUCAUUUUUAGAAGCACUUCUAGUUGACCUUCUUAACACUCUUGUAGAUAGAAAUGCUAAGGAAGAAACAGUGUUGGAUAUUACUAGAGAGGAAGUCGAACUUUUGAACGAAACGAUUGCUAAUGAUUUCUUUGAAAAGCUAUUCAAUAAGGGAAGUUAUUUCCUCUCUUUCAAGUUUGCUCUCCAAACUAACCACAAGAAUCUUGCUACAAAUGUUGUAGAAAAACUCAAAUCUCUUGCAGAAUCGAACUCAGAUUGCUUGGAUACAGAAUAUAUGGGAGUGAUCUUUGAUGAGUGCAUUUCAAAGAAUUUAAUUUCAAAGCUUUUAUCAGACCCUAUUAUUACCUUACUUUUCAAUUGUAAAAAGUUGAAGUUAUCUGAAAAUAGUGAAGCUCAUUUGAUUUCAGAAUUGGCACAAAGUGGGCUUAAGAAAAAGGCCACCAAUAACCAAACACUAUUAGCAUGUGAGUAUUUACAAAGAAAGGUGUAUGGUAUGCACUCUAGAUUAUGUGAUUUGAACAGUGGUCUAUUCUUACUGCGAAGAUAUUUACAACAAUGCCAAACUCAUGUCAAAAUUGAUAGAAAUGCAAAGGAGCAGUGCAGCAGUACAUUGAAGAAGCUUGUUACAAAAUAAAUCUAGUUUUUC